AAACGAGGUACCUGGGUGGGUGGAGUUGGCGUCGCUGUUUUGAUAGCGAGCCUCCAAACCUGUGUAAGAGGACUGCGGACUUAUUUGCCCCAGGGCGAACACCACACUUUUCUGGGUAAAAUAACCGCGCUCUUCCCAUAUAGGUGUCGAAUGCAGUAACAGAUCAACCUGGCUGAGUGCAGCCCAUCCACUCAAUCGCAAACAUGGCCUCUACAUACCAAAGCCUCCGUGACAAGCAGAUUGCUGCGAUAAGUAGAGUCCUAAAUUUGAACCACAUCUCCUCCGCUAGCGACUCUCAGAACGAAUCUACCUCCAAUGGCCGUGCUAAGUCAAACCCGAUACUUGAUGAAGAUGGCGAGCCGAUAUGGAAAGUUCUAAUAUUCGAUAACCUUGGACGUGAUGUGAUUAGCAGCGUACUCAGAGUGAACGAUCUGAGAGGAUAUGGUGUUACAGUGCAUCUAAACAUAAACACCACAAGGCAUACAAUCCCGGAUGUGCCCGCCGUCUAUUUCGUCGAGCCUACUCCAGCAAACCUCCAGAUCGUUACGUCAGAUCUCGCGCGCAAUCUUUACUCCCCCGCGUACCUCAACUUCCUGUCAUCAAUACCUCGACCUCUUCUCGAAGAUUUCGCCACGCAAAUCGCAACUACUGGGACUUCGGAACAUCUCGCUCAGAUAUAUGAUCAAUAUCUGAAUUUUAUAGUAACAGAACCGGAUUUAUUCAGCCUUGGCUUGGGCCAGGACCCAUACUGGGUCUUGAAUAGUGGACGUGUGGAGGAUUCGGUUGUCGAGGCCACAAUCGAGCGCAUCGUCAGUGGCCUCUUCAGUGUAGUCGUCACUACGGGUACCAUCCCAAUCAUACGAUGUCCCAAAGAGGGAGCUGCGGAGAUGAUUGCUGCACGGCUAGACCGUAAGCUAAGGGACCAUAUAUUGAACUCGAAAGACAACCUGUUUUCUGGGUCAACUCAGAAGUCACAAGCCACUGUUGGGACACCAGCCGCCCGCCCAGUCUUAAUCAUCGUCGAUAGGAACGUGGAUCUCGUGCCUAUGUUCUCACAUUCGUGGACAUACCAGUCUCUGAUUCAUGACGUUCUCAAAAUGCGCCUAAAUCAGAUCGAAGUUGAAACGCCUGCAGACGAAAGCAAACCUGGGAAGGGACCAUCGAAGCGAACAUACGAUUUGAACGCGAGUGAUUUUUUUUGGACAAAGAACGCCGGUGUUCCGUUCCCGCAAGUUGCUGAGGAUAUUGAUGCAGAGCUUACGCGGUACAAAGAUGAUGCCCACGAAAUCACCCGUGGUACAGGAGCUUCCUCAAUCGAAGAUCUACAGAAUGAUACUUCAUCGUCUGCCAAACAUCUGAAAGCAGCUUUGACUCUACUUCCCGAACUCCAGGAACGCAAAACUACACUUGAUAUGCAUAUGAACAUUGCUACCGCUCUUCUUAAGGAGAUCAAAACCCGUCAGCUAGAUAAUUACUAUCAGCUUGAAGAGACAAUCACAAAGCAAAACAAAGCCCAAAUGCUCGACCUAAUCAAUGACAAAGAUAAGGGUACUGAGCCCAAGGAUAAGUUGCGUGUCUUCAUUAUAUGGUUUCUCAGCUACGAGCAAGACUUGGGCUCUGAUGAAAUGAGACGCUUUGAAACAGCAUUGCGAAAUGCCGGUGCUGACACUCUACCUCUAGCCUUUAUCCGGAGUGUGCGACAAAUUACACGCGUGAAUAUGAUGACCUCGUCUCUGGCUCCUGCCUCCCAGCCAUCGGCAUCCAACGAAUUAUUCCGCGGAUUUAGCUCCAUCUCCAGUAGGCUCACUGAUCGUUUCAAAGAUGCACAACUCGGGCAAAAUUUCGAGAGUCUCAUAUCGGGUGUCAAGAAUUUUUUACCAGCGAAUAAGGACUUGACCCUUACUAAAAUCACCGAGUCUAUUAUGGAUCCACAAAACGCUGCCUCGUCAGCCAUUGCGAAGACGGAGAACUACCUAUACUAUGACCCACGCAGUGCAAACGCUCGCGGAACUAUGCCUCCAAUGAAUCAAGCAAAGAAUCAGCAAGGCGGUUCUGUUGGCAGAGGGAUCGACGCGAGCUUUGGACAGAGACGCCAAGGAUUCAACGAGGCCAUUGUGUUCACGGUUGGCGGUGGAAGUAUGGACGAGUAUGGAAAUCUUCAGGAAUGGGCGCAACGGACAAGUGGUGGUGGUGGGAACGCCUCGACGAUAGGACCUCGACGACGAGUGGCGUACGGCAGUACAGAGAUAAUCAACUCUGAAGACUUUCUUUCCGACGUCUUGACACGACUAGGUAACGAAUUAGGAGCAUAGACCAAAUCUUCAUACAAGUAAGUAGUCGCAUGUACCUUUACUGAGAUGGUCGAGCAGACUCUAGGAUGCAUAUGUAUUGAUGAGUGUUUGCGUAUCGUACCUUGCACAUGACUAGCUAGAGGACAAACGAUUUCAGAGAUUGCCGGUAUACACUGGCUAUGCAAUGCGGAAAUUGAACUGUAACCAGUUUGUCCGUAUGAUCGGGGAGCGAUCAUCCUCGUCGAAGGAACAAGCCUAGUCUUUUAGGGCAAAGUCCUUAAGAAGGCUAACGAUAUAAGCUAUGCAACCAGCAGUAAUUACACAUUGCUGGUAGAGUCAUAUAACAUGUCGAGUUAGGACUGCCUAUGUGUGGUGAGGUGAUAGAAAAUACACGUUAAUAAGCU